ACCGACCCGGAAGGGUGGGUGCUCCCGGCUGGAUGGCGGGAACGUUUUAUUGGGGAGCGGCUGACAGAAAGAAAUUUGGAUCUCCAGUUCAGCUUUAGAGAAUGGCAUCCAUUUCAGCUCUAACCGAGGAACUGGAUUCUGUAACCAAUGAGCUACAUGCAGUAGAUAUUCAAAUUCAAGAACUUAUGGAAAAGCAACAAGAGCUUAUUCAGAAAAAAACAGUCCUAACAAAAAAAAUAAAGCAAUGUUUAGAGGAUUCUGAUGCUGAGGCAAGCAAUGAAUGUGAUUCUUCACCUGUUGCUUGGAAUAAAGAAGAUUUUCCAUGGUCUAGUAAAGUUAAAGAUGUUCUGCAAAAUGUCUUUAAACUGCAGAAGUUUAGACCUCUUCAGCUUGAAACUAUUAAUGUAUCAAUGGCUGGAAAGGAGGUAUUUCUUGUUAUGCCUACAGGAGGUGGAAAGAGCUUAUGCUACCAGCUACCAGCAUUAUGUUCUGAUGGUUUUACACUCGUGAUUUGUCCAUUGGUCUCUCUUAUGGAAGACCAAUUAAUGGUUUUAAAACAAUUAGGAAUUUCAGCUACCACGUUAAAUGCUUCUAGUUCAAAGGAGCAUGUAAAAUGGGUUCAUACUGAAAUGGUAAAUAAAAACUCUCAGUUAAAGCUAAUUUAUGUGACUCCAGAGAAAAUUGCAAAAAGCAAAAUGUUUAUGUCAAGACUAGAGAAAGCCUAUGAAGCAAGGAGAUUUACUCGAAUUGCUGUGGAUGAAGUUCACUGCUGUAGUCAGUGGGGACAUGAUUUCAGACCUGAUUAUAAAGCACUUGGUAUCCUAAAGCGGCAGUUCCCUAACACAUCUCUAAUUGGGCUGACUGCAACUGCAACAAAUCAUGUUUUGAAGGAUGCUCAGAAAAUUUUGUGUGUUGAAAAGUGUUUUACCUUUACAGCUUCAUUUAAUCGGCCAAACCUUUAUUAUGAGGUUCGGCAGAAGCCCUCAAACACUGAAGAUUUUAUUGAGGAUAUUGUAAAGCUCAUCAAUGGGAGAUACAAAGGGCAAUCAGGAAUCAUAUAUUGUUUUUCUCAGAAAGACUCUGAACAAGUUACGGUUAGUUUACAGAAUUUGGGAAUUCAUGCAGGUGCUUACCAUGCCAAUAUGGAAUCAGAAGAUAAGACCAAGGUUCAUAGAAGAUGGUCAGCCAAUGAAAUUCAGGUAAUAGUGGCAACGGUUGCAUUUGGAAUGGGAAUUGAUAAGCCAGAUGUGAGGUUUGUUAUUCAUCAUUCAAUGAGCAAAUCUAUGGAAAAUUAUUAUCAAGAGAGUGGACGUGCAGGUCGAGAUGACAUGAAAGCAGAGUGUAUUUUGUAUUAUGGUUUUGGAGAUAUAUUCAGAAUAAGUUCAAUGGUGGUCAUGGAAAAUGUAGGACAGCAGAAGCUUUAUGAGAUGGUGUCAUACUGUCAAAACAUAAGCAAAUGUCGCCGUGUAUUGAUAGCUCAACAUUUUGAUGAAGUAUGGAACUCAGAAGCAUGUGACAAAAUGUGUGACAACUGCUGUAAAGACAUUUCAUUGGAAAGAAAGAAUGUAACAGAGUUCUGCAGAGAUCUAAUCAAGAUCCUGAAGCAGGCAGAGGAACUGAAUGAAAAACUCACUCCAUUGAAACUGAUUGAUUCUUGGAUGGGAAAGGGUGCAGCAAAACUGAGAGUGCCAGGUGUUGUUCCUCCCAUACUUCCUCGUGAAGACCUGGAGAAAAUGAUUGCACACUUUCUUCUGCAGCAGUAUCUGAAAGAAGACUACAGUUUUACAGCUUAUGCUACCAUUUCGUAUUUGAAAAUAGGACCUAAAGCUAAUCUUCUGAACAGUGAGGGACAUGUUAUUACUAUGCAAGUAGAGAAGCCCAUGAAGAGCUGUUUCAGGGUUGAAUCAUCUCAAACUUGCCAUUCUGAACAAGCUGAUAAAAAGGAAGAAAAAAACUCAGGUAACUUCCGGAAGAAAUCUGCAAACAUGCUUCAGCAAUCUGGUUCUAAAAUUACAGAGGCCAAGAAAAGAAAAAUUGAUGAUGCCUGAGAUAAGCGUUAGUACAUUUUCCAAGAAAAGAACAGUUUAUGCAUGUAUACGCCAUUAUUUUUGUAGUUGCAUGUAUACACCAUUAUUU